AGAUGUAUUAAUACAGGGGAAAGAGAAAGAAGCAUUCUUUUAUACAGUAAAAGCAUACAUUUGACUUAUACUGUAUGUCAUGCUUGAAAAUAAAUGGCUGAACACCAAAUGCAAAACAGGAAUAAACUCUCAGGUUCUCAUGAAUGGUCAGAAAGUCAUAAAAGGACAACUGGACCUAAAUCUGAAAAAAAUGAAGAAUGUGUCAGUCAUCUUAAAGAAGAAAACAAACAAGAGGAAUGUAAAGUGCAUAACAAACAAAUGAGACUUCAAGAGUUUCGCAGGGCUGUCCUAGUUGUUCAGUUUGUUCGUAAUAUGAUCAAGCUUUACAAAGAUUAUGCUGCCACCAAAGAAAAAAGUAUUCCCUUUGCUGGACUCACAGGUACAAGAAAUUAUCACCUUCUGUUUGAUGCUUCUGAAUUUCAAGCAAAAAAGGAAAGAGGCAUUAGCAAUGAGGUAAUGACCAUCCUUUCCCGUCCUCCACAGACUCGCAUGGCAGAAGACAUCAGAAUGGCAGUAAUAUCUUUGGGAGCAGCUGUGGACACUUUUGCAGAGUAUCCCAUUCACAUGCAGAAAAAAUUAGCCCAGGUGGGCUGGUAUGAAAGUUUUGGCCCAGGAAGAGUCAUCAUCCGACAGGGACAUAUUCCUCAAAAUUUUUAUUUGAUUCUUUCUGGCACAGUGCUUGUUUCAAAAUUGUCCAUUAACAAGCAUACAGGAGAACCUUUUGCAAGAACCUCUGCAUUUUUAAAGAAAGGGAAAACAUUUGGGGAUGUGGCCAUCUUGACAGGAGCCAAAAGGAAUGCCACUGUAACCUGUCACGACACUGUGGCAUUGUUAGCUGUUUCCCGACAGGAUUUUUUAACCACGUUUCUCAGUGGUAAUGCACAAGAUGAACCAGAGUUCAUAGAAUAUCUCAGAAAGACUGAUGUUCUAUCAGGGUGGCCCCUAGAUAAACUUCCUCUCAACAAGCCUACCAUCUGUGUCCACACCUUUUUCCGCAGGAAUGCUGUAAUCUCAAGGGACACAAAGGUGUCAUCAAAGAUCUAUAUAAUUAAAACAGGUACAGUUAAAGUCCUGAAAAAUUUGACUGUGACUAAUCCCCGGCAACUUUUGCUCACUACCAGAUCUGGUGAAGAAAAAUUCAGCUUUCAAGAAAUGACAUCUACUGGCCGCCACCAUAAGAAUUCUGAUAUGAAGUCUAAAGUGCCAUCCAAAAGCAUUUCAGUGAAAAUGGAGUUGGUAUUACCAGUACUACAACAAAAUGCAGAAACAUUAGUCGAGCAGCCAGUACUACCCCAUCUGUGCUUUGCUACGUCAGAAAAAAACAGACACAGCAAAAAGGAAACAAGUGAACUGAUAUACAUUAAUGUGCAAACACUUAAAGCUGGUGAUAUUUUUCAGGGUCUUGCUUAUUUAUUGUUUGAAGAGACUUUCCCUAUGAUGCUUGUAUCUGAGGGAGCAGAAUGUAUUGUGAUUAGCAAAGAUUUCUUCAAACAACAUGCAUCAGAUUCCUACCUCAGAAGACUCUAUGAUCUGGUUCCACCAUAUCCCACAGAAGACGUUCUGCAGAAAAAAUUGCAACAGCAUAUUAACUGGGAAGCAAACAAGUCAUUGUUAUUUCAUAAACGCUUCCCUAAGAAAACUGCCCACAGAGAGAAACUGAUUCUGCCCCCUUGUGGUUCCACUAUAAAAGUGAGAUGUGCUGCGUCUCAUUCUGGAGAGAGCAGACUGAUGACAGGAGCUCCUACCUGAACUUGACGCACCAGAGUGAAGACUGAAAUAUCCUCUUGUUUAUACCUUUAGUUAACCUGCAUUUUGUUUUGCCUUAUUUAAUGUGUCAUCAAGCAUCUGUUUCUGUUCAAGAACUUUGUUAAUAUUAAAAGGACCGACCCGGUUGUUGCCCUAACAUUUCUUUCCUGACCAGUGGAUUCCCUCAGUCAAUGAUACCAUCUAAAUUAUUGC